GAAUUUAAUCAUGAAAAGUCUCCACUUAUCGUUACAUCUAACAAUGUUCUUACACACACUAUUAAAAAUUAUGAUGUUAUUAAAGAUAUUGUGAUCAUUGAGAAGAAAAUUAAAACCUACCAAAAUCACAUAACAUAUACUCAACAAGAUAAUAGUUAUAUGCUCGAACAUUUGUUUUUGUUUGCAAUUCCUGCAUGUUUAUAUUGGAUACUCAUUAUACAAUUUUUGGAUUUAAAAGGAUAUAUCUAA